AUGGCUGAUGGAGCAGACCCAACUGCAGUCUCCUGUGUGAAAGCCCUCACAGCCUUCGUCGAAAAUGGAAAAGCUUUGCUGGACCUCGCCGAGAAGGAAAGCAGGGAAGGCUCUCUGCAGGAAUUCAUCAGGCAGAAAAUUCGCAUCGAGUUAAAUCAGUCACUGCUGGGUCUGAUUGAAGCCGCUGCAGCUUUGUUCAGAAGUUUGUCUGUUAAGAGGAAAAAGGAUGCAGAGGACCUUUGGAGAAAAAGCAAUCACUGUGCUUUACAGGAUGCUGUGCAGGACUUUCAGCAACUAGAGGUGCAGUGGGACGCCUUUCUGCAGCAUUUGGAUGAUGAGUUACAACUGAGUGGGAAAAUACUAGAUGGAGACCAUCAGUCAAAAUGUAUUUCACCAGAUACAUCUCUAAUCAAUGCCAGAACAGGAGAAACAGUGACGUUAGAAAAAUAUCUUGGGAAAGGUAAGAAGAUCCUGCUUGUGUUAAUCCGUCAGUUCUCCUGUCUACUCUGUCGUCUUCAUCUUAAAGAUCUGGAGAAGAAUCAGAGGUCCCUGGAUGCACACUCAAUUGAAGUGGUCGUUGUUUCGUUUGGCUGUCAUGAGGGAGCUUCACACUGGCUGCAGGAGACUGGCUGUCAAUACGACAUGCUUUUGGACCCCGAUAGGAAGAUGUAUGCAGCAUUUGGCCUGGGAGCAUCUCUGAAGAAAGUAUUAAACUUCAGUAACAUGCUGCUCUAUGCUGAAUAUGUGGUGGACAACAUGGAGUUUCCAAGAGGGCUUCCAUCGAUUCAAGACGACAUGUUUCAGCUGGGAGGCGACUUUGUUUUGGACGAACAUGGGAGGGUGCUGUUCUCUCACCGCUGUCAGAGUCCCAUAGACAGACCCUCAGUCGAGGACAUUUUAUCUGCUAAAUGAACAUGAAACUCCUUCAUGCACAACACAUUAAU